AUGUCUACCCUCGGAAAGCGAAAAGACAGAGAAGAGGGAGAGGCAUCUGAGGUUCACGGUUCUACUCUAUUCGUCUCAAAUUUGCCGUACACGGCCACUUCAACGGACCUCCAGACCCUUUUUUCCGAUAUCGCACCAGUCCGAUCCGCGUUUGUAGUUCUUGAGCAAGGAACUGGAACAUCGAAGGGUGUUGGCUAUGUAGCAUUCUCAAUACGAGAAGAUGCACAGUUGGCGUAUGAUCAAGUCGAGAAGGACGGGAUCAGUUUAGCUGGACGGGGUUUGCGAGUAACGUGGGCUUCGAAUAAGCCCAGGAGAGAGAAGGGCGGAGAAGUUAAGAUCAAAAACGAAGAGGAAGCCCCGAAGCCUAAGCCGAAGCCACAUCCAAAAGUUCCACAUCCUACCAUUCCUCGCGAUCCCUUGGCCAUCCGAACCGUCAUAAUCUCAGGCCUUCCACCUGCACUAGAUUCCAACGCUCUCUGGAAGAAAAUUCGGAAGUGCGCAGGGGCGGAAUCAGUCGAGUGGCCCUUGAAAAACGGCGACGCGGAAGAUCCCAGCACUGCCCAUGUCCUAUUCGCCACCCCAUCCCAAGCCCUUGAUGCAGUCCAAAAACUGCACGCCCACGUCUUCAAAGGCGCUCUCUUAUCUGUCACCCUCAAAAAGCGCCUGGACACAGUCGCAAAAGCUCAUACCUCAAAAACUCCCAAAUUGAACUCCUCUGCCACACCUGGAGAUGCUUCACAAUCACAGCCAACAUCGACCAAGCCGAACGGUCCCGCGCCGACUCGUGCUAGCCGUCUCAUCGUUCGAAACCUUCCAUUCGACAUCACGGAACAGGACCUGAGGGCAAUCUUCCUUCCGUAUGGUCCUAUUUACUCCAUCGAUAUUCCUAUGAGUGCUCCCCCGACCCAAGCGAAUGUCAAGGAAGAUGUGGACGGGGAUGUCAAAAUGCAGGAGGCCACGCAGUCUGCUUAUGCCAGUCGGACAGCGGCAAAGCCGAGAGGGAAGGGUUUCGCGUUCGUAUGGAUGUGGACGAAAAAGGAGGCAGAGAAGGCGCUCGAGGGUUGUAAUGGUAUGAAGGUUAAGGCUGGGUUCGCCGAGGGGAUGGUGAAAGAUAAGCAGAGGCGGAAAAAAGAGCGGAGGGAGGAGAAGAAAAGGCUUGCACGAGAGGCAACUGCCGGUAACGGAGAAGGUGGAGAUGGCACGGAAGAUGAAGAGGGAGGUACUGAGGCCAAGGCAUUGACUAGUGGAGAAAGAGUCAUCGCUGUUGACUGGGCGCUGAGUAAGGAAAAGUGGGAGGUCGAGAAGAAGAGGAUAGAGGACGAGGGUGAAGGUGAGGCCGAGGGUUCAAGCUCAGAGGAAUCGGAAGACGACGAAGACGACGAGGGCUUGGGCGUUCAUGAGCACGAAGGUGGUUCGAGCGAUGAGUCUGAUAGUGAGGACGAAGACGAUGAAGGAAGGAGUGACGAGGAGGAGCGAACCAAACCACAACUUCCUCCGCCGGAGACAGGGACCACGCUCUUUGUGCGUAAUGUACCAUUCGAGGCCACGGAAGAUGAGUUGCGGACUCUAUUCCGUGCAUUUGGCCCUCUGCGUUAUGCUCGCAUCACGCUCGAUCCUGCUAGUGGUCGCUCCCGAGGCACGGGGUUCGCGUGUUUCUGGAAUAAGGAAGACGCAGACAAAGCCGUAGACCAAAGCAAUAUCCUGAGAGCAGAGACGACCGGUGGACCAGACGUCCCAAAGAAGAACCCAUUCACUAUGCCAUCUAUCCUAACUUUCGAUCCAUCGGCAGCUUCUGCUCAGUCCCUUGUGCUCCAUGGACGUACACUUGACGUUGUUCGUGCAGUAACGAGGGACGAAGCCGGUAAACUGAAAGAGGCUGGUGAAAAGGCUAGAGAGAAAGCUGACAAGCGCAAUAUGUAUUUGCUUCGCGAAGGGGUUAUCUUACCGAAUACUCCUGCCGCCGCCAAUCUACCGGCUGUCGAAAUCGAGAAACGCACGAACUCGUUCAACGCUCGUCGCCAACUCCUUCGCACGAAUCCUUCCCUCUUCAUUUCCAAAACUCGACUCAGUAUUAGGCAAAUACCGAUAUUCGUCACAGAACGAAUGCUCAAACGACUCGCUAUCCACGCCAUGCGAUCUUUCCAGGCGGAGGUGCGCAAGGGGACCAGGACUGGGCUCACUGAGGACGAGAAGGCUGAUACCGGCGGCAAGCCAGGUGACGAAGGGGACAAAGACAUCAAAGUGGAAGACGUAAAGGAAGAGGGCGGAAAGGGGAAGGGGAAGAAGCCAGGCAGAAACACAGGAGUCAAGCAGGCCAAGAUCGUCCGUCAACAAGACCGCGUCGAUGCCAUCACGGGUAAAGGACGCAGUAAGGGAUACGGAUUUCUUGAGCUGCACAGUCACGCAGAUGCCUUGAAAGUGUUGAGGUGGGCAAACAAUAACCCUGCUGUUGGACCGCUGUUCGAGGAGUGGUGGAAGGCGGAGGUGGAGGACUUGAUCAAGGCGCACAAAGCGAAGAAGAGGUCGGAGAAGGAGAAGGGUGAGGAGGAGGAGGAUGAAGUGAAUGCGGAGGCGAGGAUCAAAAGGUUGAAGGACGAGUUGGAGGGUGGCGGGAGGAAGGCGAAGGGCUCUUUAAUCGUGGAGUUCUCAAUUGAGAACGUGCAGGUUGUGCAUCGACGGUCGGCAAUCCAGAAGGACAAGACUUCUGGCAAGGAUGACAAGAAGCCGCGCCGAGAAAAGCUUGCUCUGCCCAAGGCGGAACCAGUCGAGGAUACUCGUGUCAAGAAAAAGGCGCGAGUCUCUAACUCCAAGGACUCCGCACCAGACCCUGGGGCGGCAAAGACGGAGGCGAAAGGUUCUCAGAUGGGCGCAUUGAUUGGGAGGAAACGGAAGGAGCGCAAGGUGAAGAAGGGAGGUCGCUGA